CGGCAAAGCACGCUUUGGUACUGUGAUGUCAGCUGAUUUUACGUUAGUACUGUCCUCCGUCUGAUGCAAUACCUAACGGCUAUACCGUAAAACCGAUCGCAUGAAAUUGGAAACGCUGUUUAAAUAACUCCACAGUUAUUACUAACAGCUUAUGCCCCCUUACAGAUAUGGCGCGCGUGUUGCUAUGUGACGAAGAACUCGCCAUAGAAAAUCAACGUACCAAAGAACUAAAAAGUAAGAGAGCCUUCAUAGAUAAGAGACAUGCACUGUUCGUCUCUGUAGCGAUCAUUACGUUUAUCAUCAUUUUACCUAUCCUGAUUCAACUUGUUCACCGAAACACACAAGUGACAUCACCUGUGUCUUCGAUUAUCAUUCUAAGAGGCGAAGGUCAAACAACUGGGGUUUCGUUGGACGACCCCCUUAUCUUGACCGAACGGCCUCCAACACCAGUGACAACAAUAAUGAUAUCAUCGACAGCACAAACGACGAGACGGCUAUUAAAUGCGGUCAAUAAUAAGAAAAUUAUGCCUCUGCCAACGAAUACUGACAAGCAACAUAUAUUGAAAAACGAUAAUUCUCAUUGGAUGAAUAGCUCACCUCUGGAGAACUGGAAAGCUUUCCUCAAUGUAAUAGAACUGGCCACAAACUUACCUCCGAAGUUGGAACCGUCACAUAGAUUUGUCAUAGACGAACAUCGACAUCUAUAUUUAGAGAUGCAUGAUGGCGAAUACUGCACGGCAGUGCUGUCGUUUCCAGAAGCCUUCGUCAAACCGCGAAGUGAAAGCAAUAACCUUAAACAACACAGUACGCAUUCCAACGAUGAACUAUUCGCUAAAAGUUAUCGAAAAUUGCCAUUUAAUUUAACAGUAACAAGUGAUUUAUAUCUUUUGAAUCUGAAGAUCAUAUCGGAUAACUGCGAAGGAUUACCGGUGAUUCCUAUAAGGCAGAUUAAGGCGCUACCUCCGGGAAAGAUAUUUCUCGAUCUAGUCACAUAGAGCAAAGAGCAUCAUAUGAAAGUUCAGAGAUCGCAUUCCCAGCGUUCACAUUAAUUCAAUUGUACUGUUGUUUCAAUUGUACUUGUUGGUUUAAUUUGUUGCACAGUUCUCACUGUAGGGUAUCGUAUUUCGAUUGAUAUUCCUAAUGCAUUCAUUGGGCAACACAUUUAAGAAAAGGAAAAGAACACAUGGCGAGAAUAGCGAAUAAAACUAAGAAAAGAAACCUUAAUUAUCGUUAAAUAAAAAACUGACAUCAAAGUCUAAAGAUUUGAAGAAAGGGAGUAGAAGAGACAUUGUGCGUUUCACCAAUAAUUUUGGCAAAGAAGAGACACCUAGUUUCACCAAACGUUUUAAUAAGCUAAGGCGUAACAACAUGAAAUUACACAGUUCGGAGUCAAAACUCAAUUCGAUGUUUCGAUGUCUGUUUGAGUAUGUAUAUAAUUAAGCUAGUUAUUCCUUGCAAUAGCUUUGUUUAUCUCAUAAAAUUCCGACUGACCAUAAUCGAACUGUAGUGAGGGAAAUUUCGUGUACGCCAGCACAAUGGAAGAACUGCACCUCGAAUUACGCAAUUUUACUAGUAGAUUGUUAUGUAUUCACAUUUUUCGUUACACUAAAGGUUACUCACGACGAGUUUCUCCUUUUAAGUUCUAUAGAGAUCUGGCAUCUCUCACAUGAGCUUUAGCGUACACGAGUUUACCUAAGGCUUUACUAUGUGCCCAUUUUUGUUACAUCGCAAUAUAUAUUAGUUCCUAUUUGCUACAUUUUUUUAUUUAUAUAAUUUGCGUAGCAUUAGUGUGCCGAUAGAAAUAUUUAAAACAGAAAGCUUUACUUGUAUCCUUUAAUUAGAAACUAGACUACUCAAAUUAUCGUCUUCACGUUCCAAGACAUGUUAUAACUUGUGAAUUUUGUAUAUACAUCCUCGAAAUUAAAAGUUUAUCGUUGAAGUUACCCGAUAAUAAUCGCCAUUGGAAAGGGUGUGCUCAGUACUCUUCAAUCUCACUGAUCGUGCAGAUCAUGUCGCUUCCCCGCUGGGAUAUUAUAUUUAUUCUUUAAGUAUAUAUUAUUUAGCUUAUUCAAGAAGGUUUACGCAGCUAACAACAAAAGUAUUUAAUCUGUGAAAUAAAUAUUAUU